GUUUAGUCGCAUCGCUCAGUUGACAAGACAUCUCUCUCGGCCAUUCUCCAUAUCUCCAAUUUCUCCCCCUGCUCCCAUCCUGAGCCCGAUUUCCACCUUGCGCACAAUGACAUCAUCCGAACGGACCGCGCUGGAGAACAGCAAGCGAGCAAUCGGGACGGCGGCGUGCUUGAUUAUCGGAGACGAGGUUCUCGGCGGCAAGACCGUUGAUACCAAUUCCGCCCUUUUCGCAAAGUACUGCUUCUCCAUUGGCGUGCAGCUGAAGCGCGUUGAGGUCAUUGCCGACGACGAAGAUGAGAUCAUCGAAGCCGUGAGGCGGAUGAGCAACAGAUACGACCUUGUCGUGACAAGUGGAGGAAUCGGACCAACGCACGACGAUAUCACCUACCAAUCCAUAGCCAAAGCAUUCAAUCUUACCCUCAAAUUUCAUGAAGAAGCCUUCAACCGCAUGAGACGCUUGUCCAAACCCCAACAGGCCAAGCCAGACUUCGAUUGGGACACCCCGUCCCCCGCUCUAACUGCGCGACUACGCAUGGUCCACAUUCCCACCGACGAGACCCGGCCUAUAUCUGAACAAGCCCUCUUUGUCGACGACGAGCUCUGGGUCCCCGUGUCCGUGGUCAAUGGCAACAUCUACAUCCUCCCGGGUGUCCCGUCUCUAUUUGAGAGAUUGCUCACCCGUCUAAGGCCCAUCCUUCUACCAAAACUCAUUGACCCCGAGGGAAAGGGAAUUCACCGGCUCAUGUUCGCUACACCGCUGUACGAGAGCACGAUUGCGCCGUAUUUGACCGAAUUGGCUGCUAGAGUGGAGCCUAGAGGGAUUAAAGUGGGCAGUUACCCGAGGUGGGGGAAGAAGAGGAAUACGGUGACGUUGGUCGGCACGGAUUUGGAGUAUAUGGAGAGUUUGGUGGAUGAGGUUGAGAAAAACGUGGAGGGACGGAGGGUGUCCAGGGAGGACGAGGAUGAUCCAGUUGAUGAGCCGGAAGAGCAAAAAUAGGUAUAAGGUCGUGGAUUCUGUAUGCAUAUUUAUAUAUAGAGGGUCAAUACUGAGCGAUCG